GCUGCCUCCCGCUCCUGCUGUCUGAACAUGCUGCUCGGGUAGCGAAGCCGACCAAGAGGAGCGUCUUGCCUCUUUACACUCCUUCCCCCUCUGGAAACAAACACACACACAAACACAAACACUGCUCAUUUCAAGCACAGCCAUGCUGAUCAAGGAGUAUCGUAUCCCCAUGCCAAUGAGCGUGGAGGAGUACCGCAUUGCUCAGCUUUACAUGAUCCAGAAAAAGAGCCGGGAGGAGAGCUGCGGCGAGGGCAGCGGGGUGGAGAUCCUGGAGAACAAGCCUUACGAGGACGGACCCGGGGGCUCGGGUCAGUACACACACAAAGUCUAUCACAUCGGCAAACACAUCCCAUCCUGGUUCUGUGCCAUCCUGCCUCAAGCGGCCCUGCGCGUGGAAGAGGAGUCCUGGAAUGCCUACCCUUACACACGGACCCGGUAUACUUGUCCAUUUGUGGAGAAAUUCUCUAUAGACAUUGAGACAUAUUAUAAACCAGAUACUGGAAACCAGGUGGAUGUCUUCAAUCUGUCCUCCGCUGAGAAGAGACAAAGGACCAUAGACCCUAUAGACAUUGUGAAGGACUACAUCGCUCCUCAUGAGUACCUGGUGGAAGAAGACCCAAAGCUGUAUCAGUCCCUUAAGACAAAACGAGGUCCUUUGUCAGACGACUGGAUUGAAGAGAUCAACCAGAGUCCGGGUCGAUGUCCCGUCAUGUGUGCCUACAAACUCUGCAAAGUGGAGUUCAGAUACUGGGGCAUGCAGUCCAAGAUCGAACGCUUUAUACACGACGUGGGUCUUCGUAAAGUGAUGGUUCGGGCUCACAGACAGGCGUGGUGCUGGCAGGACGAGUGGUAUGGUCUCACCAUCGAGGACAUCCGGCAGCUGGAGCUGGAGACGCAGCUGGCUCUAGCUAAGAAGAUGGCCCAGUACAGCCUCAACGAGGAGGGGGGGCCGGAGAUCAACGGCUCCUCUGUGAACCCGGACCAGGGAGCUGAAGUGGGUGGGUCGGCUGCAGAGACAGAGGGAGGAGUAGUGGGGAAGCUUGGAGACUCACUGGAGACACGAGGGGAGCUCACCAAGCAGUGGUCCACCUCCUCCAGGUCCUCCAAUAGGUCGUCAAAGAGAGGAGGGAGUCCAUCCCAUCAGAACAUCUCAGAGUGGAGGAUGCAGAGUAUCGCCAGAGACUCAGAGGACAGUACAGACGACGAGUUCUUUGAUGCUCACGAGGGCUUCUCUGACAACGAGGAGAUGUUUGCCAAACAGAUCACAAAGUGGAGCUCCAACGAUCUGAUGGACAAGAUCGAAACAAUAGAGGCGGAUGAAGCACACGAGACUUUGUACCAGGAGUCAGGUGGAGAGUACGCUGUGAUGAGUAACGAGGAGAGCGUCAUGGAGGAUUCGUCUCGGCAGUGUCUCCAACCAUCUAAAAUUCACGCCCUCGUUCUGGUGCUGCAUGGAGGAAACAUUCUGGACACUGGUUCUGGUGAGCAGAACAGCAAGCAGGGAGACGGAAACACUCUGAGUGGAGCCUUCGAGACUGUGAUGGGGGUCCACUACCCUGCUGCUCUGGGCCGCAUUGCCAUCCGGAUGGUCCCCUGUCCAGCUGUUUGUGUUGAUGCAUUCUCGCUGGUCUCAAACCUGAGUCCCUACAGCUAUGACGAGGGCUGUCUGUCCAGCAGUCAGGACCACAUCCCUCUGGCUGCUCUGCCACUUUUGGCCACAUCUGCACCACAGUAUCAAGACGCUGUUGCAACUGUCAUCUUACGAGCUAACCAGGUGUACAGCGACUUCAUCAAGUCUCUAGAAGGGGAGACUUUUAACGGCCAGGUGUGUGUGAUUGGGGACUGUGUCGGGGGUAUCCUGGGGUUUGAUGCUCUCUGCAGCAGCUCAGUGAUUGUGUCAGAAAGCCAAAACAGCAGCAGACGAGGCAGCGCCAUCAGUGUCCAGGACACGGACCUUCUAUCUCCAGGUAUCAUCAUAAACAGUGUUUCUCCCUCCUCACCGACCCUUGAAGGAAGUCGCCAUCUCAGCCGCAGCAACAUCGACAUCCCUCGAUGCUCAGGUCCUGAUGACCCAAAGAGGCAACUUCCACGCAAACGCAGCGACUCGUCGACGUAUGAGCUGGACACCAUCAAACAUCACCAAGCCUUCCUGUCGAGUCUUCACUCCAGUGUUCUCCACGGGGAACCCGGAUCCCGGCGCUCCAGUAACAGCACCAUGCUGGAAGGAGGAUCUUUGGGAAAGUUUGACUUUGAGGUGACUGACUUCUUCCUGUUCGGCUCUCCUCUGGGGCUUGUGCUCGCACUGCGGAAGACAGUGGUGCCCUCAUUAGAUGUGUCCGCUCUGCGUCCAGCCUGUCAGCAGGUUUACAACCUUUUUCAUCCAGCUGAUCCCUCGGCCUCACGCCUUGAGCCGCUCCUGGACAAACGUUUUCACAUGCUGCCUCCGUGCAGCGUCCCUCGUUAUCAGCGCUUUCCUCUCGGUGACGGACUCUCAGCUCUCCUGGUUGACACCGUUCAGAGUAACCCUCAGCUUCUGAUGGAGUCCAGCUGCUCAGUGUACCAGCGCUGCCAGGAGAAUAGUGUCAAUGAGACGUAUCCUGUGCCUGUUCUUAACUGGCAGAGCUCACAGCUCCACUCAGACACUGAUUCUUCUCACUCACACAUGUUUGUGGACGGACAGUACCCCCUGUCCACAUCACCUGGAGUCCCUCACCUUCGAUGUAACCGCAGGGCGAGUGAGGCCAGCUUAGCCAGCCAGGUGUCAGGGUUAGCCGACUCUUACACCGCCUCCAACAUCGCCACCAUUGCUUCUCGGUGGUGGGGCAGUAAGAGGAUGGAUUACGCCCUCUACUGUCCGGAUGCCCUAACAGCCUUUCCUACAGUGGCUCUGCCUCAUCUCUUUCAUGCCUCAUACUGGGAAUCCACUGAUGUCGUCUCUUUCUUACUACGACAGGUGAUGAGACACGAAAACUCCAGUAUUUUGGAGCUGGAUGGUAAAGAAGUGUCUGAAUUCACGCCGUCCAAACCUCGAGAGAAGUGGCUCCGCAAGAGGACUCAUGUUAAAAUAAGGAAUGUGACAGCUAACCACCGUGUGAAUGACGCCGUGUUCAACGAGGACGGAGCCCAGAUGGUGACCGGGCGAUUCAUGUACGGCCCUCUGGACAUGGUCACCCUCACUGGAGAGAAGAUUGACAUCCACAUCAUGACCCAGCCUCCCUCUGGUGAGUGGGUGUACUUUGACACGGAGCUCACCAACAGCAGUGGACGCAUCUCUUACGUCAUCCCUGAGAGCAAGAGGCUGGGUAUUGGAGUGUAUCCUGUCAAAAUGGUGGUCAGGGGAGACCACACAUGUGCAGACAGCUAUCUCUCUAUCGUCCCAAGAGCAACAGAGUUCGUUGUGUUCAGUAUUGACGGAUCGUUUGCUGCCAGUGUGUCUAUAAUGGGCAGCGACCCAAAGGUUCGAGCUGGAGCUGUGGAUGUGGUGAGAUACUGGCAGGACUUGGGUUAUGUGAUCGUGUAUGUAACGGGUCGUCCUGACAUGCAGAAACAGCGUGUGGUGGCCUGGCUCUCUCAGCAUAACUUUCCUCAUGGUAUCGUCUCAUUCUGCGAUGGGCUGGUACACGACCCACUCCGGCACAAGGCCAACUUUCUCAAAACCCUCAUUAAUGAGGCGCACAUGAGGAUCUUUGCAGCAUAUGGCUCCACCAAGGACAUCUCUGUGUACUCGUCUAUCGGCCUGUCUCCGUCACACAUCUACAUAGUGGGAAGGCCGACGAAGAAGAUGCAGCACCUGUGUCAGUUCAUACCAGAUGGCUACGCCUCCCACCUCUCUCUGCUGGAGUACAACCAGAGAUCACGUCCCGCCAAGUCCCCCAGCACUCGCAUGGUCCUCCGCAAGGGCAGCUUCGGCUUGGGGGCAGCCGGGGGAGACUUCCUCCGAAAACGGAAUCACAUCUUUCGCACCAUCUCCUCUCAGCAGCCUGGAGGGGCAGGGUCAGCCUCCCCGACUCAGCCAGGCCGGACUGAGCGCACGCUGAGCCAAUGUGAGGUGGAACGGGAAAGGGUCGCCGCUGCAACGCAGAGGAGUAUGAGCAUAGCUGCGGGAUGCUGGGGCCGCAGCGGGAGCACCAAGGAGGGCAGCGUAGGGUUACAGGGCCAUAAAUGAGGCUCUAAACUGAGCUGUUGGGUUUAAAGGACCCCGCCUGUACCACCAUGAUUUCUGGACACACCGCACACAGUCAUUUUGAAGAAGUUGAUGUAGGGUUUGUAUUUUAAAAGUUAAAGGGAAAAAACACUUGAUUGAGCAUAAAGAAAAGGGAAACUAGAGCGGAAUCAGUCCAGGAGGAGUGGACUAAUCAGGCCAAGAGGAAAUCCGAGAAGUAUAGACAGCUCUGUAGCAUAACUCUUUACAGUAAUACUUUUAUAGGAAGCAUCACUAAUUAUACAAAAGACAAGGAUUAACUGUAAUAUUGUAAGCCUUAAACUAAUCUCGUGUAACGGGACGAACCCCCUCACCUCCAUGAUCUAAACACACACACACA